UGUUGCCGUCUUCAGCACCGGCGCUUAUCUGCCUGACCCCUGUGGUGCCUCAGCAACAAUCUUCAAAGCCGAUUCGUCUCAGAGAAAGAUGAAGAUAUUGGGCAAGGUUGCUUUCUUGCUUUUGCUCGGGGGAAUCUGGGGUCAGAACAACCGUAAUGCUAAAGCUGGUGGCAAGUCCACCAAGAAGUCUGGUGGAAACCAAGGAGGUGAUGUUGGCCAGUCUCUCCCUGUGGUUGAUCUGACUCAUGGAAGCACUGGAAGCACUGGAAGCACUGGAAGCACUAGAGGCAUAGGAAGCACGAGAGGCACUGGAGGCACAGCUGAAGCAGCACAGGAGGGUGCUGCAGGGGCUCGAGCCGCUGGACAACAGACAGAUGAUAUGAGGCUGCAAUUCCUCAAGAACACCCAAGUGACAUGUAAUGAUGGAACAGCAGCUGGGUUUUACCUAAAGGAGUUCAGAGGAAGCCGCCGAUGGCAGUUAUUUCUGGAAGGUGGCUGGUGCUGCCACAGCAAAGAGACCUGUGAUUCCAGGUACCAAAAUAUACCCCGACUAAUGAGCUCAUCGAGGUGGCCCCAAACAAAAAGAGGAACUGGAAUAUUGUCUUCUACAGCGGAGGAAAACCCACACUGGCAUAAUGCAAACAUUGUAUUCAUCCCGUACUGUUCCAGUGAUGUGUGGAGUGGCACUGGGCCAGCCCCGACCCCUCCUCCAAGGCCACGACAAGCUGAGUACACCUUCAUGGGAUCCCUGAUCAUCCGCGAGGUCAUCAAAGACCUCAUCCCCAAAGGAAUCAAGCAGGCCAAGGUUGUCAUGCUGUCUGGCACGAGUGCUGGUGGAACAGGUGUUUUGCUAAACAUUGAGAGGGUGGCCAGUCAGCUGGAGCAGCUCGGUGCAGAGGCUCAGGUUCGAGGCCUCGUGGACUCUGGGUGGUUUCUAGAGAGUAAACAGCAGAGAUCACCUAACUGCCCCGAGACUAUUUCCUGCUCACCUGAAGAUGCUAUUAAGAUAGGACUCAGGCUGUGGAAUGGGGUUGUGCCUGAUAGAUGUCGGCAGCUCUAUAAGAGAGGAGAGGAAUGGCAGUGCUUCUUUGGCCACAAACUGUACUCUACCUUGACCUCCCCUCUGUUUGUCGUGCAGUGGCUGUUUGAUGAGGAGCAGCUGAGAGUGGAGAACAUCUACAUGGGAGGACAGAGUCUGUCCGAGGAGCAGUGGCAGUACAUACAGAACCUGGGCUGGGAGCUCAAGAACUCACUGACAGAUGUCACGGCUGUGUUUGCUCCGUCCUGCCUCUCCCACACAGUGAUUACUAAAAGCAACUGGUUGAGUUUCCAAGUUAAAGGCACGUCUCUGCCACGGGCCCUGCACUGCUGGGACAGGAGUCUGGAGGCCACACGCAACAACAGAACCCCUGCUAAAGGCUGUCCUUUCCACCUGGUGGACAGCUGCCAGAGGCCCCAGUGCAACCCCACCUGCCCAGCCUUGGUGGACCAGGCCACUCAGCAGGAGCUCACGCUGCUCCAGAUGCUGGUAGCCAUGGGACUUGACCUCCAGAAGCUGGGCCUGGAUCCCCAGGGAGACGCAGAUUCUCUGGCCAGCAUGGUCAGCAAUGGUGGCUAAGUGUAAACAUGGAUAGCAGCUUAAGAGAUUAAGCCAUUAAAAGGCUUAAUAGAGGAAAGAAUGUGUUGAAGUUUUAAUGUAACCA